AUCAUUGGUCAGUGGGGCACAACACCCUCUGACUUUCUCUUGCAAAGAAAGCAAGGGAUAGAAAACAACACCUGCAAGGCUGUUUUCUGUCCCUGAGGAUUGUUUUAAUUCUUUCUCAUGUUUUUCCCAGAUUACUUUCUCAGGCAAGACUGAGGAGCUAUGCGGCCUGUAAUUUCUACAGGCACUCUGGUUCAGAUUUAGCAUCCAUAAUUCACCUUUUUCGCUUAGGAAAAAAAAAAAUAAAAAUGCACGGUGUUUGUAAUUUCCUGUUGGGCCCUUGCAGGAAAAGGAACAAACACAGCACAAGAGGUUUCUUCUACUAGAACUUUGAAUGGAUGCUGAUUUAGAAUGUUGGCUUAUGUUUUUGGUGUUUAAGGAUUGUCCUCUUUGCAAGGAUCUGAUGGUUGACUCUAACACAACUAGUUCAGUGAACUAACACACACACACACAACAAAUAAAACAUUGUUAGUCUGUUCUGACAGUCUAGCUUGUCGACAGAGUAGUUCAAAAGAACGCUAAAGUGAUAAAACUCACAUUAAGAACACCUAGAUUUAAACUCAGUGAAACUCUACUCAAUUCUACUAUAUAAAAUCUACUUUUUUGCUGAACCGACAAUUCAGCUGACUCUGCUAAUUGCAACAGUUUGUGGCUGGGCAGAUGAUAAACAAUCUGCCCUGAAAAGUUUUGCAGCGCACUCUGUAAGGAGGCACUGUUGGUCAGACUCCAUCUAUAAACUUUUACAAAUCAAUUAACAAUGCACAAUGCAAUUUACGAUGCUUUGAUCCCCCCUUCUUAUCCCCUUUUUUUUUUUUCAUUGGAUUUUCCCCUCAAAUAUAAUUGAGGGGCUUUUGAGGGAUUUAUAAAGUUCACAUGGCUGCUGUUAUUGUUCGUCGGGUUUUAUAAUUGUUUUGCUGAGUGGUUUGAAGUCUGUAUGUUCAGUAUAGUGUUGGUUUUGUUGUUGGUUGUUGUUCACUGAAGUUCUUGCUUUGCAGUUGCCGCUUCCAGCGGUGGUUGCCGUGGCAACAAGGUUGCAGUAGUUGGCACGAGCAGCGGCCCCGCCUGCGGCUCUGCUUGCCCCCCCGCACCGGGCCAGGCACGGCUCGUGGAGACCCGGCGCCGUUCCGCGGAACAACUCGGGCUUGCAGGAGAGGAACUUGGCAGCACGGGGCCGGCAGAACCCGGCCCAGCGCCCGCAGCACGGUUCGCGCAUGCGCGGGCCGCGCUAGCGAGCGUGGGGGGAGCGAGGUUGCUGCUCCCCCCCCGCCGCUUCUCCGCUGGCGGCUCGGAUGGGCGCGGGGGGGCGAUUUUCCCCCCGCGGUGCUGGCAGGCCCCUGCAGGAAGUGGGGGUUGGAGACCUGCUUGAUUGUAGCUGAGCAUGGCAGUGGAUGUGAAAGGAUUCUCACGGAUGCUGCUGGAGUGCAAUAGCAAUGACAAGCUGUGUGUUGUGCGUGAAUAUCAAAUGGAAGUGAUCAUUGUCCCAGUUCUCCUGGUGGGAUUUUUUGUCAUUGUGCUCACUGUGAUCCUUUGGCUUCACUGCCGUGGCCUGCGAGCAAAGCAUGUGCAAUCAGCACCAGCUAGAGCCCAAGUGACGAAAAAGAAUCAGGAGGAACUUUGCUCAACAGAGAACUGCUACAUCCAGCUGAGUGAGAGAACUUUGGAGAGCCUGUUAAAUUCUGCAUCCUUGACUCUGAAAGAAUUAGAGAUACCACGAGAGAAACUCUUACCAGACACCUUGCAGCUGAUUAAAGUUGGUGCAUUUGGGAGCAUCUACAGAGCUCAGUUGGAAACUGGGAGCUCUGGGAAGACUAAGACUGUGGUAUUGAAAGCCUUGCAAGACCCAGCUAGUCCCCAGAAAGUAAAGGAUUUUUUGGGAAGGAUUAAAUUCCAUCAUAAUCUUGGCCAUCAUGAGAACCUGGCUGAAUUGGUUGGAUGUUGUAUAGACCAGCUCCCACUUUAUAUGAUCAUGGAAGAUGUGUCUCUUGGUGACUUGCUGACAUUUCUGUGGACAUGUCGGAAGAAUGUAAUGGCAAUGGAUGGUGUCCCCUAUGACCUCACUGAGAGACAGGUAUAUGAGGUUGGACAGCAGGUUGUAGCAGCUCUGGCUUAUCUUGAAGAAAAGAACUUGUUCCAUGGUGACAUUGCUGCCAGGAAUGUCCUUCUUCAUCACAACUUCACUGCUAAGCUCUGUGGUUUGGGCCUAGCCUAUGAAACUCACACACGUGGUGCCAGCUCAGACACAUGGAAAGUGCCAAUCAAGUGGCAGGCACCAGAGAGGCUCCUGAGAAAACCCCCUACCAUCAAGGCAGACAUAUGGUCUUUUGGAAUUCUACUGUAUGAAAUGAUUACAUUAGGUGCUCCGCCAUAUCCUGAGGUGCCACCUUCUGACAUCUUACCAUACCUGCAGAAACAGAACAUUAUGAAGCAGCCCUCGAGCUGCCAGCAAGCCAUGUACUGCAUCAUGAAGUCCUGCUGGCAGUGGACUGCAGCUCACCGGCCUUCUCCAGCACACCUGUUGUGCUCCCUGAAAACAGCUAUGAAGACCAGCAAUGGGCACACAGUGCUGCAGGUGCCUGAGCCAGUGGUGCCUGAACUCUAUGCUGAUAUUGCUGGUGUUGAUGUGUACAGCCUGGUGAGGGAAUACACGAUCCUCUGAAGGGUCCUUUCAUAUUUUGGUAAAGGAGAAAGAAGUCUCAGUGUUUUCCCUUUCUAAAUGUUUUUCAAGCUGAGAAUGAGGUGUGUAUGUUGGAAGGGGUCCUUUUGUUCUUCAAACAUCUAUAAAAUCUCUCCUCCAUGCCAGACACAAGAAACUGUUAGCAUUAUUGUUAAAUCAUCCUGUUGGUGUCAUUUGGGAAUAAAAUGUUUAGGAAGCUGUAGAAAAUGUAAUGAGAAACUUGAGUUAAAGGAGUGUUAGGUUUGUGUGGCAAGGUUUUGGUGAUGGGGUGGACUGCAGAGGAGACUUCUGUGAGAAGAUGCCAGAAGCUUCCUCCAGCUCUAUGAUGGACCUACUGCUGGUCAAGGCUGAGCCCUUCAGCAACACUUGUAGCACUGCUGUGAUUAUGUAUUUAAGAAAGUGUAAAAGAUACUGCACAACAGCAGGUGAAAGAGAGGAGUGUGACUGUGAAAGGAACAGCUCUGCAAACACCCAGGGCAGGACAGAAGGAGAGGCAGGACAGAAGGAGGGGCAGGAGCUGCUCCAGGCUCCAGAGCUGAGAUUCCCCUGAGAUUCUGUGGUGCAGCCCAUGGAGAGGCAGCUGAGCCCCUGCAACCCCUGGAGGAGCCCACACCAGAGCAAGGGGAUGCCUGAAAGAGGCUGUGACUCCAAGGGAAGUCUGUGCUGGAGCAGGGUCCUGGCAGAAUCUGUGGAGAGAGAAGCCCUCAUUGGAGAAAGACUGCACCUUAUGGAAAGGGACUCAUGCUGGGACACUUAAUGAAAAACAACCCUUGGGAAGAACUUAGGUUGGAGAAAUUCCUGAAGGACCUAGUCUCCUUUGGAGGGACCCCACACUGGAGCAGGGGAAGAGUGUGAGGAGUCCUCCCCGCAAGGAGGAAGGAGCAGCAGAAACAAUGUGAGAUGAACUGACCAAAACCCCCAUUGUUCCUGCUGGAUGAAAAGAGGUAGAGAAAUUGGGAGUGAAGUUGAGCCUGGGGAGAUGUGGAAGAAAGUGUUUCAAUAUUUGGUUUUAUUUCUCAUUAUACUUCCUAAUUUGAUUAGCAAUAAACUAGUUUUUCCCAAGUUGAGUCUGUUUUGCCUGUAGCAGUAAUUAGUGAACAAUCUCUUGCUGUCCUUAUCUUGACUUGGGGUCUUUUUUUACAUUUUCUCUUCCCUGUCCAGUUAAGAAAAGGGCAUUAUAAAGUGGUUUCAUGGGCACCUGCCAUUCAGCCAGAGUCAGCCCACCAUGAGGUUUCUGGAAAAUUUUCCCCAUCUUUUCUGUC